AUGAUCAUUCGUCCUGAAGCCGUAAAAGCAAGUUACCAGGAAGCGACGUCGACUGUGUUAGGUGAUCAACAGCACCACGUGUCCAGUAUCACAGACUACCUGGAAGAAACGGAGACUUGUUACAAAUGUGAUGAUGAGGUGGCCAGCCUAAAGGAGGUCAUCGCCAACCAGUCCGCACUUCUAGCACAACAGGCCGGACAACUAGCACAACAGGCCGGACAUCUAGCACAACAGGCCGGACAUCUAGCACAACAGGCCGGACUCAUCUCAUCUCUGCAGAGUCAAAUGGACAGUGUUGUCGCACGGGUGGACAGUGCCGAGCAGUUCAUGAAUACAUGUAACGCACCGUCCAACUGCACUGAAGUAGCAGAGAGAAGUGGAAUCAACAACCAGGCAUUCUACGUCAUCGACCCUGAUGGACCAGAACGGGGGGUCCUGCCGAUGGUUGUUCAGUGUGAUGUUCAGGGAGAUAAAAGUGAUGCUUCAUUACAUCCCUCGGACAAAUGCAACUGUGAUGCCAAUGAUUACACAUGGCGUGAGGAUUCUGGGUUCCUGUCCCACAAGGAUGACCUGCCAGUCACCCAGCUCAGGUUUGGGGAUACUGGUGAUAGUGGUGAAGAAGGUUAUUACACUCUGGGCAAACUCAUCUGCUACCCCUGA